AUGGCCGCCUCCACCAUGUCCGUCUGCUCCAGCACUUACACCGAGCCCUGGCAGGUGGAUGACUGCCCAGAGAGCUGUUGCGAGCCCUCCUGCUGUGCCCCCAGCUGCUGCCAGCCCAGCUGCUGUGCCCCGGCUCCCUGCCUGAGCCUCAUCUGCACCCCAUGCUGCCACUGCUGUGCCCCGGCUCCCUGCCUGAGCCUCAUCUGCACCCCAUGCUGCCAGUCAGGCUGCACCAGCUCCUGCACGCCCUCAUGCUGCCAGCAGUCCAGCUGCCAGCCGGCUUGCUGCUCCUCCACCUGCCAGUCAUCCUGCUGUGUGCCUGCCUGCUGCACACCUGUCUGCUGCAAGCCUGUCUGCUGCAAGCCUGUCUGCUGUACACCUGUCUGCUGUAAGCCUGUUUGCUGCACACCAGCCUGCUGCACACCCGUCUGCUGCAAGCCUGUCUGCUGCACACCUGUCUGCUGCAAGCCUGUCUGCUGCACACCCGCCUGCUCUGGUGCUUCCUCUUCCUGCUGCCAGCAGUCUAGCUGCCAGCCGACUUGCUGCUCUUGCUCUCCCUGCCAGUCAUCCUGCUGCACACCCAUGUGCUGCAAGCCUGUCUGCUGCGUGCCCUCCUGCUCCUCCGUGUCCCUGCUCUGCCGCCCUGUGUGCAGACCUGCCUGCUGCAUACCUGCCUCCCCCUGCUGUGCCUCCUCCUGCCAGCCCAGCUGCUGCCUCCCAGCUUCCUGUGUAUCCCUGCUCUGUCGCCCGGCCUGCUGUGGCCUCUCUUUGGGCCAGAAGUCCUGCUGCUGA